AGAUCUAAUAAUACUAUCGGAAACUAACAUAACAAGUGAUGAAAAUGCUUUAUACGGAAUUGCUGGAUUUAGCUCAAUAUUUGCGAAUAGAGAGGGAAGAGGAGGAGGUAUUGCUAUAUAUGUAAAUGAGAAUAUUAAGUACAGCAAUAUACAAACACACAUGAGCUGAUAACACAGGAGAAAUAAAUAGCAGCCACCAGAUAACAUAACCCCCAGUGUUCAAUGAAAUUUUGGUGGAAGAACACCAUUGAAGUGGAAGAAAAUUUUUGAACAUAAAAACUGAUAACACAGGAGAAAUAAAUAAAUAGCAGCAACCAGAUAACAUAACUAUGAGUGGUCAAUAAAAAUUCGUGGAAAAACAAUUUUGACUAUUGAAUAGCAAAAAACCAAAAAUAAAGAACUUUAGUCAAAAUGUCUGUUGAAAACUCAAAGAAAGUUUUUGCGUUAGAGAAUAUCCUAGAGAGAAUAUUUAAAUAUUUACCUUUGAAAGACCAAUUCAGAUUGGCGCAAGUGUGUAGUGCAACCCAAAAUGUUUUCGACAAAUACAUAUUGCCCAUUGAUUAUCGCCAUUUGAAAAUAAAAGCGCAUCGAGUUUACAAUUUAGUUUACAAUGGGGGUGAGAUGAAUCGAUUGGUGCUUUCACCCAAUGAAUUAAAGGAAUUUCUGGGAUAUUAUGCAGCGUGCGUUGAAGAAUUAUCGGCUGACGAACUCAUGGACUAUCGGCCCUUUACAAAACUGAAAGCUCUGUGUAUUGAUGGCGCGCAUAUUAGUUUGGAUGUGAUUAAGCAGAUAGCUGCACAGAAACCGCAAUUGUCCACAUUAAAGGUUACACAUCGAUCUCCAGAGGGUUUUGCAACAUUAUUGGAGAAUUUACCAAAGAUGAAAAAUUUAAGGGAAUUAGAAUUGAAGUUGUGGAAAGGUUACAUUUCAAACAAUGAAUGUCAACUCAUUUUUAAGCUGUUAAGCGAGCUAAAGCUGGAGGUAUUCAAAUUUGGAGAUACUUCUUUAAGAACCAACUGGGAUGCCGAGCAAGUUUAUCAACCCAACUGUUGGAAAUCAUUGAAGGUAUUGGAUGUACAGCUGUCUUGCUUGGAAGCUUUUUUGGACAAAGCGUCGGGCGUAAAGUCGCUUACCUUGCGUGGUUGCCAAACCUGUGAUAAGGAAAUCAGUGUAUAUAGGUUAGGAUAUUCAUUUCCCCAACUCGAAGUCUUAAAUCUAAGCUGCAUCCCUUAUUCGAAUUACAACAGCUUCAUUUUACAUAGAAGUCUGAAAGAAUUGAAUUUUAUUCGUUCAACUUUGACUUUUAAUCACAUGAAAGAAAUUCUAUCUCUGAAGCACAACCUAAGGAAAUUGACGAUAGAUUUACCCUAUUCUUCUAAAGAAGUUCGUAUAUAUCUUAGAAAAUUUCCCCUACCCCAUGCUAUAGAAACUCUGGUUUUGGAAGAAAACAUAUCACGCAAUUGGAUCCAGCUGGAUGGGCAUAGUGAACACUUAAAUAAUCUCACCUUCAAUGACGCUGAACAGUUAGUAUUGGACCUGAUUCCUAACCUGAAGACUUUAAUUAUGGAUCCAUCAGACUCUGAAAUAUCAGCUUUCUGUAACCUCAAGUAUCUUCAAAAGCUAGAAAUUCGACUCGAUAGCAUCGAAAAAUGGGAAAAAGUUGAGACCUUGUUGAAAAUUCCCUCGCUGAAAGAACUCAAGAUGAAAUUUUUGCAUUCCUGUUGGGACCGUAUCCCAUGUUGUCCAAAUCUUCGAACCAAUAUCACCACUUUAACACUAUGCUAUUGUAAAGGCAAUUAUGAAGAAGAUUUAAAUGUUUGGCUAGAACUGUUAAAUCAAAAUCCCAAAAUUAAAAUGGUUUUUCAGACCUUCUUCUAUGAGAGGCAUAUUAUAUCUCAUAUAAUUGGACAUCCAAGGUUUCCUGCAUUUUUAACAUCAAUUUAUGUGGCCGGCGUUCAAAUGGAUCUUAAAUUCCUGAAGAAAUACUGUAGAGAGAAAAGCUUUGAAGAAUUGUUGUCUCAUAUAUGUAUGGAAGAACAUCACCACGAAAUUCCUAUUAUUCUUUGGAAGAAGGGGAUGACAAUGGCAAAUACAGACUGUUUUACAGCCAGUUCCAAGUUGGAUUGUCCAAAGCUAACACGAAAAGCAUUGGAUAGUGAACAACCAGUAACAACUCAAACCCCAAGAGGACGAUAUGAAACGAAUCGUUUUAGUGCCGCCGAGAAACAUCUGUUGGCAAGUGAGAUACGGAGCAACAAAUUAAUUUGGGACGAGACCCAUCCAAAAUACUGCAACACCGAUGCCCUGAAAGCGGCUUGGCAAGAAAUAAGCGCAAAAUUAGGAAAACCUGUUUCAGCAUGUAAAUCUGCGUGGAGGUCACUACGAGAUGCAAAGAGGUAUCACAAAAACAAAAACCGCAAGUCUGGUGAUGAUGGUGGCAAAGUUCUCGAUAAGCCGUUGAUUGAGGAUGACAAUACCAACUACUGGGAAUUUAGGGAUGCGAUGUCAUUUUGGCCCACUUCAUGUAAAAUACCAAGGAAGUCUAAACAUGGCUUAAACGAUGACAGCUCAAGGGCUAAAAAUGAAAACAUGUCAGCGGGAUGCUCGAGUGUUUCAUAUACCAAACCUUCCAAUGCGGCAUCUAAUCCCAGUGAUAUGAAGGACGCCAUUGAAAAUCGUAUUGCGGACAGAAAUGAAAAAGGUGUCAAAAACUACGAAAAACCUGAGCCCUCUAAAUAUGAUAUUGUUUGCAAGAAUUUUCACAGAAUGCUUCAAAAAAUACCGGAGGAAGAAUUUGAGGGCACCGUCCAUGAAAUCAAUACAUUGCUUUACAACAGGAUUAAAGGAAUAUUGUAGAAUGUUCAAAAAUUCAUUAAAAAACGAUAAUUAAUUUUAUAAAAUUCCUGUACUGUAAUUGAAGGAUGCAAAUCUUGUUGUACAUGUUGUAAAUAAACAGCACCAUAUGGGAACAAAGCAA